AUGCAGCUGACGUUGAGUUCUUUUCUGCUGGCAGCGUCCGUAAGCGCUCUGCCUGCGGAGCCUAUGCUUGGCACUUCCGGUCUGCGAGGUGAGCCAAGUCCUACCAUGCAAGGCGGUCCAGUGACUAACGACCUCAAAGCACGACAGGCCAAAGUCAUUCCAGUGGUAGUCGGGGGGCCACAAGACACUUUCAAUCCUAAUUCUGUGACUGCUGCUGUUGGCGACAUCGUACAAUACCAGUUCAGCAACGGCAACCACACCGCAACCCAGAGCACUCCGGAGGCGCCAUGCACACCUUUGAACGGCGGCGUGAAUAGUGGCCACAUUCCCUUCCAAGAUGGUGCUACGGGACCCCACUGCCAGGAAGGACAGGUCAUGAUCAUCAAUCCUACCGGCCCGCAACAGGUCCUUGACUUCGUCAAAGCAGCGCAAGGUACCGAUAAAUCGACUGACGGAACGGCCAUAGCUGGCGGGACAACAAGUCAGAUCGAAUUGACCAAUGCUGCUUUCGUCCCAGCUCCAGCAGAGGAUGCUGCCGGAGGUGGCGGCGCUGCUCCUCCCGCUGCUCCUCCGGCCGCAGGCAACGCUUCUCAAGCUGCUACCACGGCUGGAGGAAAUUCUACCCAGGCUGCGAACGGUACGACGACCGGUGGGAGCGGCAACAAGGGCAAGGGCAAGAAAGGGAAGAACAGCGGCGCCGAUGCGGCCAGCAACGCGAACAAAAAGAACGAAAGCAGCCCCGUACUUCUCGCUCUCUAA